AUGACAUCCUCGGAGAGCGCCGCCACGUUCACGAACCCGAUCAUCCCGGGCUUCAACCCGGACCCGACGGUCUGCGUCGUGCCCGCAACAGACACGGCACCGGCGACGUACUUUCUCUCGACCUCGACGUUCGAGUUCUUCCCCGGCGCCGCCAUCUACGCGUCGACGGACCUCAUCAACUGGAAGCUCAUCGGCCAUGCCCUCAACCGCCGCAGCCAGAUGGACAUGCGCACUGUCGAGCCCGGCGCCGGUUCCUGGGCCAGCACGCUGCGGUACCGUCCGCAGGAGAGGCGGUGGUACCUCACCAACGGUGUCUUUCACCGCUAUCGCCCUGCCGUGGACGAGCGCAUCUUCCCCCGCGGCUUCUAUGUCUGGACGGACAACAUUUGGGACGAUAGCGCGUGGUCCGAGCCUGUUUAUUUCGACAAUCCUGGGUUCGACCAAGAUCUCUUCUGGGACGACGACGGUAAGGUGUACCUCUCGACCACGGUUCGCAUGGCGCAGCGCACGCCCGGCUUGAAGCUCAAAGACUUCGCCAUCCAUGUCUCGGAGAUUGAUCUGCCGUCUGGCCGCACGCUCACUCCACCACAGCUCAUCCGCGCUUCACAGUUCGGUGUGGCCGAGGGAUCGCAUAUCAUGAAGAAGGGCAAGUACUACUAUCUCUUCGUAGCAGAGGGCGGCACGGAAGCAGGUCACCAAGAAUGGGUGCUGCGUAGCGAACAGGGGCCUUAUGGGCCCUGGGAGGGCCAGGGCAAGGCUCUGUGGUACAACGGCCCGGACGAGGAGGUGCAGAGGACGGGACACGCCGACAUAUUUGAGGACGACAGGGGUAACUGGUGGGGUGUUUUGCUAGGUGUGCGACCUGUCAAGAAUGGUGAGAAUUGGCUUGAACCGCAGCUUGGCAGGGAGACGUUCAUGGUUCGGGUCGAUUGGGAGGAUGAUUGGCCUGUCUUCAACCUCGGCCGCAACGUAUCUCUGGAGACUGUCGGCAGAGAUUCCAUCGAGAAGAAGGCGGUGGCUGAUGAGAGCGGGAUCAAGUGGAAGGCUGAUCUGUCGAGGCCUGAUCUGGAACUAGGAUGGUACCACAAGAAUACACCCAUUAAGCGGUGCCACUCGUUGACAGAGCGUCCUGGAUAUCUUCGACUCCACGGAAACUGCUACGAGCUCACGAGUCCUGAAUCGCCAGCGCUCUUGUUGAGAAAACAGACAUCUCUCAACGAGACUUUCCGCGUCAAGAUGUCUUUCCAGCCAAGCAGGCUGGGAUAUGAAUCAGGCGUCACACUAUGGUGGAACCAAUACUCGCACGCAUCUAUCGGCAUCGCAGCGGUCGCGUAUCCUAUUGGCGGUGGCCUGCUCCAAACAAUCGUGGUUCGGGAGCCGACAGGCAAGAACGGUGAACUCAAAACAACAUAUCCCCUGCUGGACACUGGCAAGAAGCUCGAUACCUCGAAGCCGAUACAUCUGUCAAUCGAGGCAAAGCCCAAAGACUACACAUUGUCAUUUUCGUCAGGAGACAAUAGAACCAGUGUGUCAUGCACGUCAGAAGCUCUGACAAUUGCUCCUCCCGUAGGAUGUGCGUUUUCAGGCGUCAUGUUUGGUAUAUACGCGUUCGGGAAGAGCGAGCCAGCUCUGGACCCGGCCGACUUUACGGACAUCGAGAUAGUUGAAACUGCGUAA